AUGGCUAACCCAGGGCAGCCUCAGUUUCCCCGGGUGCAGGAGGCAGGUUCUAUCUCACCGCUGGAUCUGCCCGAGAUGGAGAAGCUCCUCACCAAGGUGGAGGGCAAGGAUGACAAAGCCCUGAAUCUGUCCAAGUCCUUCUCAGAGGCACUGGACCUGGAGAAGAACGGCCACAGCCUGCCCUUCAAGGUGAUCUCUGAGGGGCACCGGGAAGCCUCACUCCCUGGCUCCCUUUCCCGGGCCAGCUCAAGGAGGGCAUCCUCUGUCGCCACCACCUCCUUCGCCCAGGACCAAGAAGUCCCCAAAGAUUACCUCAUCCUUGCCAUUGCCUCUUGCUUCUGCCCUGUCUGGCCCCUCAACCUCAUCCCCCUCAUCUUUUCUAUUAUGUCUAGAAGUAGCGUGCAGCAAGGGGACCUGGAUGGGGCCCGGAGGCUAGGCCGCCUCGCCCGGCUGCUCAGCAUCACCCUCCUCAAUGGGAUCAUCAUCAUCGUCGUGGCUGUCACUGUCAACUUCGCAGGUCCAAGCAAAGAGUCAGAAUUUUCAGCAAAAGUGGCCUUUAAGGUCCCUGGGCGCCUGUAUCACCACAACCCACAUGCCAAAAGUGUCAUCCACAGCAAAGUUCAUAGGAGAUGA